AUGCUUGCGUCUCCUUUGCGUAGUCUGGACUUCUACAAGUUGUCACUCGUGUUAUCUGAGGCCUUCUCAAGGUUAGAUAGAGGUUAUGGGUCUUGGGAAAGAAUAUCCCAGAAGAGAGAUUCUUAUGGUGGAAUCAAACUUGGUCAAAUUGCUUACACUUUCUUCAAGAGUUCUACUGUUCCAGAUGGAAGUCUUGGCUGCCUGUCUUUAAACUCACUGGGAUCGGUGACCCCUUCUGUGACAGCUGUUGUGCACCUGUAUGACCACCCAGGGAGGACAAACACACUUCAAAUGCUUACAAAUGCCCCUCAGUCAGAGCCCUGCUUUUGUUUUCUUUCCCUCCCCAGGUCUGCUUUGGAGAGUCCUGAGGACACUCCUACGUUCAAUGAGGAGCAAUUGCGCCUCCUGCUAGCUGCACUGGUGAAGGACUAUGUGCUGAUGAAGGCCACUGAGGUGCAGCAGGAGCAGGAGAUGGAGGGCUCCAGAGUCACCGUCCAGAAGAGAAGCUGCAGCUCUGCCACCUGUGUGGCCCACUGGCUGGGAGGUCUGCUGAGCAAAGCCGGAAGCGUGGCACACACCAACUUGCUGCCUACCUCUAUGGGCUUCAAAGUCUACAACAGGCGCCGCAGAGACUUUGGACUUAAGAAGUAAAGGACUCCAGGAAGAAGGUCACCAUGAAGUAACUCAUAGGAUAAAGAGCAUGGAAGACACACAUAAAUGCAUGCUUAAUCUUAAAAACAUUCUCUUUAGUUUGAAAUAAACUAAAGC